GGCACUCAGAAUGAUCAGUGUGACUUGGUGUCUCCAUCUGGAGUGGAUUUUAUCCGGAUCCCAGGACACGCAGACUGGAUGUUUUCCCAACUGAAGGACAAUCGGACACGAUCCAUUUCUUGGCUGCAGUUCUUCCCCCAAACGAAUGCAUUGAGCCUUUGCUUGGACAGGAGUCGGGGUGUUAAAUAUGGAAGGCCUGAUUUCCAUCCAGCCCUUGCUGCUGCUCACAAUCCUGGCCUGUGGGCUUCAGUUGUGGGCCUUUCCAUUCAGCCCGUCCCUGGACUUGGAUGUGACUCCUAGAACGACGGUGUUUUCCAAAGGUCUUCUGGGCAGUUCUCGCUUCAGCAGCUCCUCACAGAACUACAGCACGCUGCUGCUGGAGGACCAGGCCGGACUGUUGUAUGCUGGAGGACGAGGAGCUUUGUUUGCCCUCAACACCACAAAUAUUUCAAGUUCUGCUAACCCCAGAAUUGAAUGGGACGCAUCUUCCGAGCAGAAGAAACAGUGUUUGAACAAAGGAAGAGACAACCAGACAGAAUGCCACAAUCACAUACGCUUCCUGCAGCGCUACAAUGAAACCCACCUGUAUGCCUGCGGCACAAACGCGUUCCGACCGCAAUGUGCUUAUAUUGAUGCAGAGCGGUUCAACUUCUCAUCUGGGUUUGAAGAUGGAAAAGACAGAUGUCCGUACGACCCGGCCAAAGGAUACACGGGUCUGCUUGUAGAUGGGGAGAUGUUCACAGCCUCUCAGUACGAGUUCCGCAGCUCUCCAGACGUGCGCAGGAACUUCCCUUUCCCUACUCUCAGGACAGAGGAGGCUCCCACCAGAUGGCUUCUGGAGGCAGAUUUUGUGGGCUCCGUGCUGCUGAAGGAAAGCAUUAACAGCUCGAUUGGAGAUGAUGAUAAGAUCUACUUCUUCUUCACUGAGAAAAGUCAGGAGCAAGUCGCCUACCCAAGCCAGACCAAAGUGUCCAGGAUUGCUCGUGUCUGCAAGACGGACUGGGGUGGUCAGAGGACUCUGCAGAGAAAGUGGACCUCCUUCCUAAAGGCCAGGAUGGUUUGUUCGGUUCCAGAAUAUGAGCUGCACCUCAAUGUCCUUCGGAGCGUGUUUGUCCAGCGGGGACGUGAUGCCCAAAGCAGCAUCAUAUAUGGUGUCUUUGGUCUGGAAUGGAAGAAUAUCAAAGCCUCAGCCAUCUGCCAGUAUUCUUUCUCUGAUGUGCAAAAGGCUUUUGACGGUCCAUACAUGGAAGUACAGGACGGCAAGUGGAGGGAGUACACAGGGAAGGUUCCAGAGCCAAGACCUGGAUCUUGUAUCACAGAUCUGCACCGGUCACAGGGCAUCAAUUCAUCGCGAGACCUCCCUGACAUUGUCCUGACCUUCGCCCGGCGACACCCUCUUAUGGCCACUCAGGUGCUGCCCAUUGGAUUGCGGCCUCUGAUGUUUAAAAGAAGUGUCAACUAUGUGAAAAUCGCUGUGCACAAGCAACUGGCACUUGAUGGAAACACCUACACUGUUCUGUUUCUGGGAACUGAUGAAGGCUGGCUGCACAGAGCAGUGGACAUUGAAGGAGAAAUGCACAUAAUUGAAGAGCUGCAGUUGUUUGACAAACCUCAACCCAUCGAGAGCAUGGUCAUUUCCAACAGUCUGGGCACCAUCUAUGUGGGCUCAGACUCCGCCAUUGUCCAAGUACCUAUGUGUGCGUGCCAGAGAUACGCUUCCUGUUACGACUGCAUCCUUGCCAGAGACCCAUUUUGUGCUUGGGACGGAACCGCAUGCGUUGAAACGUCUUCGUUCAGAAACAUAUCUAAUCUUAUCCAGGACAUCAGGACAGGGAGCAAAGGCUGCAAGGAGAACUCCAGAACAGCUGUUCAUCGGAGGCGCUCGGUUAUGUCGGGGGAUGACGUGCUAUUGCAGUGUGAGCUUCACUCCAACCUGGCAACACCACGCUGGACGCUAAAUGGCAGAGAGCUCCCGGGGUACGACCUGAAUUCUGGCUACCGUGUUGGCACAGAUGGGCUACUUAUUAUCGGGGCUCGGUCACAGCAGAGUGGGUCUUAUCGUUGCUUCGCUGUGGAGAACUCUGUGUCUGUCCUGGUCUAUCUGUACACGGUGCGAGUGCACACAGAUACCUACUUUCCCGUAGAGAACACUGAUACAAUGACACCCUCCACGGCAGCGAGUCCAACUACUGCUCCCUCAACCACCCCUCCAGAUAGCCCAGUGACCUCACAUCCAGUCCCACUGACUCCAGGACUUCAGCUCCAGACCUUCAGGCACAUGGAGGCGGUGUACAUCUCCUUGGUGGCAGUACUUGGAGGUCUCUGUUUGGUUUUGUCCGUGGUCUUGCUUUACGUAAGCUUCUGCACCAGGCGGAACUCUCAGUCCAGAAAAUACUCCCAUCAGGGGCUGACAGUCCUGGGGGAGCCUGAAAGAAAGCGAAGUUCCCAUUUUGAGAUGAAAACUAUCACUAACCACUGUAACGGUCGGCAGGGUCGGCGGUCCAUCUCAGUGCCAACAUUUGGUGACAUGAGUGAUGGUUUUCUUCAAAUUAUACCGGGUGAUGGGCAGCUGUCUCCAAGUAAGACCCCGCCCCCUGCUCCUCCUCUCCCAAUGCCUCCUCCCCUGCCCAACCUGGACUACACCAACGGGCUGUCAGCCACUCUGCCCAGCGUACUAAGGAAGAUGAACGGCAACAGCUAUGUGCUGCUAAGGCAGGCCGACCCUGAAGGCAUGUCUCCCCUCUACCAUUCCUUCACAGAGGAGCUCAACCGCAUCCUGGAGCAGAGGAAGCACACACAGCUGGACCUCAAACCGGAUGAGAGCUCCAUCUAGGACUCUCAUUCCCCGUCUAUUUAUUGUCUCCUUCUAAUGUGCAUACGGUAUGGUCCGGGCUCUAGAUUUUGAGAACUUUGGCCACAGAAAGAACUGAUACUCUGAAUGAAGAACUUACCUCACCCCAAGGGCAAAGGAUGAAUCUGACUGAUAUUUUUGUGUAAGUGAUCAGUGCCAUUUGAUAUUAGCCUUCUCUGGAGCUUGACGUGACAAUUCCUGCCAACAUCUUUUGUGCAUUGUUACAUGCAAAAGUGUUCAUGUUUGUAGGGAACGCUAGAGUUGCUAAUUAUGCUUUACAUAUCGAUAACCUAAGUGUCUGAUCCGGCGUGUUGCACCUUAACUCUUCCGUGUUUGUUACAUUGAGUACUCUGCGUUAAAUAAUCCAUAGGCAAGUAGAAGGUUUGAUUUUAAUAUUAACCAUGGUAUAAUUGUGUGUUCAGAAAACCUAUAUUUUGAUGAUCAAGGAACAGAUGUACCAAGAUUCCAGACAGAAGGUGGAACAACCGAUCACGUCCAAUUUCCAUGCCACAGUAUGUGGUUUGCAGCAUGGUGAAUUUGGAAAGCCCCAACAGCAUGAAGCCGCCUGGUUCAGUGCAGGACCAUGGAAAGCACUACAACAGUAUUAUUUAAUAGAGGUAGAUGGGUCACAAUAGCAGAAAUUAAAUGCAACAAAAGUGCUUUAGCCCAAAACUUGCGUAGUCUGACAGGAUAGGAUUUGUGACUGGUGCCUUUGUUUGCUGGACUGCCCAGGACUUUUUGGAGCGUGCGGUCACAACAAUAAAGAACACUAUUUGCCAAUUUUGCCAUUGUCAUCUAAAUGUAGACAAAAAGACACAAUUCUGACAUACAAAGUUUUGUAAAUGUAACUCUAGGUGAGAAACAUAUAACUUCACAUUUUCUCUGAACAUGCUACACAUUUCUACCUGUGUAGAUAUAGACAAACCAUUAAUAAAAUAGGCCCACAAAAGUUUAAAUUGGUAGAAAAAAAGUUGAAAAUGUCAUCAACAGACUAAAGGUUUCAUGUUUUGAAGAGGAACAGCGGGAUUCGGAAAAAUUAGAAAACGAAAAGGCCAUUUAAUUUUUUUUCUUCUGGUAGAUGUCUUUCCUGCUGUCAUGUUUUUGUACAUUGACUUUUGUUGCAUAUCCAUGACCUGAGAGUCAUAUCCUGUGUUUUGCACCGUUUUUUUUAAGCUGCUGUGGAGGUUUACUCUGUAUUUCUAUAUGACCUGAUGAGUUCUCUGAUGAUAGUUUGACAACAGUAACUCUCUGUUGUCAUCUUCUUAUUUUAAGGUUUAAGCAUGUGUUGAUUAUUUCCACUGUUACACAUUUGGAUACCACAAAAUGCAUUAAAUGUGGAAUUCCAGAUCCA